AUGGGAGUGCACCACUUCAUUGCAUUCCACGAGUGGAGCUUGGAUAAUGUUGAGGAUGCACUGCAGAAGAUGCAGGCAUGCAUAGACAGCGCAGCAGAGUCCCUCAUACCGCCAGAGGUGGACCCGGAAAAAGUGAAGCAGAUUGCGAAACAGUAA